CUUUCGGCCUCUACCCGACUUUUUCGAAUAUCCAACAGUUAUCCCCUCCGCAAGCCCACGGAAACAAAUCGCUUUCGACCCGAUUAACCGAGACAAUUUACUCUUUUUGCCCAUCAUGCCUCCAAAGCAGCGUGUCGUCGUCCAGUCCUCCUCCCGCCGAAUCCAGGAUAAACGGGGUUACCUUUCCGCCGCAUACCAUGAGCUCACUUCUUCCGAGAACGCUUCUGUAGUAAGAAGUGUUGUUGCAUUCGGGGCCGCAGUUGCUUUCUUGCAUAGCAGCUUUAGCGAAUGGCUUCUCCCAACCCUAUAAAUGCAUCCUUUUAUAUCAACUAUGGCGAACGCCGCUUCUCCCUCUGUUCGCAAACUUAUAGCCCUAUCCCCCCCCCGCCCGCACCGCAAAUCUUCACGAUAGAGAAGCACUUGAACUUGUACUAUACACACUGAAAUGAAUGGUUAUUGGACACGGAAAUGCCCUGUUUAUGUUGCACUUUAUACGGUGUCUCCCACAUUGUCGAACACCUGUCUUUGCAAAAUCCGGUAGACGGAUGGACAGUCAUUGAUAUGGAAAUAUCAAGAUUGGCGGGCAUGGUGGAGCUUGUUUUUUUGCUCAUAUCGGCUACAAAGGCAGGAGUUCGGAUCGUGCUUUAGCAUUAUUUCACAUCAAUACAGUUGAUUUUUUUUUUUUUUUU